AUGGGACAGAGGGAAAGAGACAUGAAGGACAGGCAGACAAAGUGUGGCAGAGUGCCAGGCACUGCUCCAGGGCAACACCUGACAGCAUGGGUUCAGAUGUCUAAAGUCCAGGAGCUAGGAAACUGCCGGCCCACCUCAUUUCCUCAUCCUGGGCUCACCAGGCUUGGUGGAGUGCUCAGUGGCAGCACAUUCUCCCACAUUGGUCUCUAUUUGGGCUCUGAGCCUGGUUGGACUUGGCCCCAGUACUGUCCAGGCACCCAGCACCAGAGGUGGAGUAGUAUCGGGGCAUCCCCCUUCAAGCAGUUCCCAAAACAUAUUCCCAGUGUGAAUUUUCUGCAACAACUGGGUGAGAAAAAAGGCAAGCAUGGAGCCCACUUGCCUCUCUGCAGCUUGCUGGGGCAGCCUCUGACUUCAUUUUCGGCUGAAGUUGGCAUGCCAGAUCUGGAACAAGCAGGCCGUUGUCCUUGUGGAGCAGCUCGUCCCACGGCUGGCUGGUUGUGCUGCGAGGUGAUAGUCUGCGUAAGCAAAUGCGUCUGCUGCUGGAACUGCCUCUGUCUUCAGGCCAGCAGUCAGGACAGGGGCUUGGAAAGAAUGUGUGUGUUAGCAGAUGACUUCAGUGCACUACAAAUAAAAUUACAGACAUCUCCCUCCCUGCCAAGGAGACUGAUGUCUGCCUGCCAGGAACCCUGGGGCAGCAUGUCCCAGGCUCGUGGAAGCACCUGUGUAGAGGACACAGGGCCAGGCACCAAGGCCCACUCCCGUACCCCGAGCCGAGGCAGCCACAGGAUUGACUGCAUCAUCUGCUACUCCUCCUACGACCUGUGCAGCCGGUUACCGCGCCGGCUAUACUGCGGCCAUACCUUCUGCCAGGCCUGCCUCAAACGCCUCGACGCCAUCGCCAAUGAACAGCGUUGGAUUCCCUGCCCGCAGUGCCGCCAAAACACGCCCACACCGCGUGGUGGAGUGGCAAUGCUUGACCUGGACCUGGCCACUUUCCUUGCUGUUAAGGCUGACAAGGAGCAUCCCCGGGUGGCUGUCAGGCCAGAGCCUGACUUGGCCACUAAAGGGUCAUGCAAAGAGAAGGUGGUCACCCAGCAGCCGUCAGGGCUGUGCCAAGACCCACUGCCCCAGGCACCAUUCCCCCAAAGUGGCUGCUGCCAGCAAUGCCUUUGCUGUGGGGUAACAGCUGCCUUUGAGAGCUGAGCAGGCUCUUGGCAGGCUGGCACUGCUGCAGACAGUGGAAGGAUGGUGCAGCCCAGUGGCACAUGGACUAGCAGGGCAGGCAGCAGCUCUGCACAGCUCAGCAGAUGGAGCUAGGGCUUCCUGUGCCCAGCAUGCUGCAGACAGUCAAGCUCCUAUGGUGCUGCCUUGGCCCUUUUUGAGGACUAGCCACCCCUUGAAAGCAACUCAGCCCCAGCCACGUGGGGAUCCACACAUGGACAGUAACUGAGGGGUUGUUCCUGGGUCCCAGCAGCUCAUAAGGGGCCUCAGCUUCUACAGAGCUCAUUGCCUACCCUGUCGGGAUUUGGAGUUCAACGGAAGGUGGGAUGAGGAUACUCUCACCCCUUGAUCCUACCCACCCACCCCUCCGAUAGCUCUGAAAUCUGGUCCAGUCAUCAGAGGUGUCCCCUGGAGUCUGGCCCAGGACUUGCUCAUGCCUGGCUUCUCCAUGCAUGCCACGCCACAGCAGGGACACCUCAGCCAAGUGUCCUAUCAGGCAGGGUACAAGGGGAGCCUGGCACAACACAGCAAAGCAGAGAUGCUUUGGAGAGUAUGUCUGAUACCCCCAAACUUCAUGUCUAUUAAACAACUCUCUGUUA